AUGCCUCGCUACUCAAUGACCAACUUCGCCUUCAACAUCAGGUUUGUUGAUCCGUCUGGCCGUUCCCGACGUGUCUUGGGCCAUGGCAACCCAGGCAAUCUGUUCUUGGACUUCCAAGAUCUUGACCGCUUUGGAGCUGAGAUUCUGCCCAGCUCAGACGAUGACAGCUCGGUGGAAGAAGUCGCCCCACCAGCCGCAGCCGCAGCCGAAACCCCACGUGUCAAGACCCAGACCAAGACCAAGACCAACAACAACAACUGCAAGAGUGAUGUGGUGGAGCUUCUCAACAGCAGUGCAUCAAGCAGCGGAACAAGCACCAACAUCGACGAUCUUUCUGCCAUCGUGACACCUGAGGAAGAGCAAGUAGAAGAAGAAGUAAUUGAGAAAAAGGUUGAAUUCAUUGGGACGCGACUCGAUCGCAGCGUGAAGAUGACUCUGACACCAGCUCGGACUACUCAGUUGCUCACGGUUUCUCUCAGGAAGCUCUCUUGGCCCCUACCCCCACUGCUCCCAGCCGUCGCAGUCGUCGUGUUGCUUCUCGCCGUCGUUGAUUUCUCCAUUGUGUUAUCAGAGAGUGGAGAUAGGAUCGAUCUGUUUGUUGUGGUGGUGGCAACGAAGGUGCUUUAUCGAAGGCGCUUUAUUGAUGCGUCCGGUCGUUUGCUGUCGCGUGCACCUACCCGCGAUCCUUCUUCAAUCCCAGUUUCAUGCCUUUAUUUCUUUCAAUAA